CUUGACAACGGAGAGACAGGAGAGGGAGGGGGAGGAGGAGGAGGAGAAGGGGGAGGGGCCUGUCACGUUGGAGACCAAUGACAGAACAGGUAGCAACAGGAUUUUGUUCGGGUCGUUCGGAGCGAGACUUUAACAAACUAGUCCCGGUGCUGCUGACCGAACCGGCACCAUGAUCAGCUCGGAGGGCCUGCGGCCGGCCUCGUCCGGCAGGAAGCCCCUGGGCAAGCUGGCGUCCCGGCUGGAGGAGGUGAAGAACCCGUGGCGGCAGGUCUCCACGCUGGAGCUGAGCCACAACGAGGCGGCCCGGCUCGCCACGGACGCGCUGCUGGAGCACGGAGAGAAGGAGUACCGCCGGGUUCUGAGCGAGGAGCGGGAGCUCAACUUUCUGUCCCCGCUGGAGGUCCGGUACAUCACCCAGCAUGCGGCCAAGGCGUGCAGCCCGGAGAGCAACGGAACCGGCCCCAACGACCGGGACUUCGGGGACGGGGACGCCGUGUCCGAGCUCACCUCCGGGACUUACUUCCCGAUGAUGUCCGACGAGGAGCCGCCGAUGCUGGAGCUCGGCUGGCCGGACGCCCCGGCGAGGUACGGACCGUCAGAGACCCAGAUCUACUUCCAGAGGGACAAGUCUCACAACGUCAAGGACCUGAUCCGGUCCCUGAUCAACAAGGCCAAGAAGGUGAUCGCGCUGGUGAUGGACGUUUUCACAGACGUCGACCUGAUGUGUGAUCUGAUGGAGGCGUCCAACAAGCGGCGGGUUCCCGUCUACAUCCUGCUAGACGAGAAAAACCUCGACUACUUCACAGAAAUGUGCUCGGCGCUGGACAUCCAGAACUCACACCUGAGUAACAUGCGUGUUCGCAGUGUGUGCGGGGACACAUACUGCACCAAGAGCGGCAAGAAGUUCACCGGUCAGGUCCUGGAGAAGUUCAUGAUCAUCGACUGUGAAGAGGUCAUCGCCGGCUCGUACAGUUUCACCUGGCUGUCGGCUCAGGUGCACAGCAACAUGGUGAUGCAUUUCUCAGGUCGCAUCGCCGACAGCUUCGACCGCGAGUUCCGCUGUCUGUACGCCGACUCGCAGAUCAUCGACUGCUUCUUCAACCCGGAGGAGGAGGGGAUGCCCUACUACCCGUCAUACCAGGCCAUGAUGGCCCCCGGCAUGGGCAUGGGGCUCGGCCCGGUCAUGGGUCUGGACUUGCUGUCCGACAGCAGGCAGAGGGACCGGGUGUGCUCCGAAAACUCCAGCAGCCAAUCCAGUAACAGCGUGUCGAGCGUGAAGGCUGCGCCCGGGAUGACCACGAACCCGGUGUACAAGGUCACCCAGAGUCACGACAAGAAGGAGCCCAACAACAACUCUCACCUGAGCCCUGAGCGGAGAGGAGGACAGACCCCGACGCCUCCGGGUCACAUCACACCGGUACCGCGGGUCACCGCUAACGGAGUAACCAAUCACAGCCCGGCUAUGGACCGACCGCCGCCGGCCUACGGUCAGCAGAUGGGCAUCGAGUGGAACAAGUCCAACCAGGCGGACGUCAAGCGGUCGAACAUAGGCGGCACCUCCUCCAAGUUCCAGGCGUUGGGUUUGUACGACCACAAAACGAGCCUGUUCUCCAGCAGCGGGUUCGUCCCCGGACCGCCCAACAUGAACCACAACCCCAAGACCCAGAGCCCCUCCCCCAUCAACGACAGCAAGACCAACCCCAAGCAGAGGACUGCCCCAAACCUGUUCCUCAACAAGUUCUCAGACCUCUUCGGCAAAGAAAAAGAGAGCUACAACUUCCGGAGGUCUCCGUCACCGCACGGCAUCACGUCCUGGGGAGGACCGGACCUCUCUCCAGUCGAGCCGGAGAGCCAGCAGAGCCCGCCGCCGCCGCUGUCACCGACCGCGGUGAUGAACCGGCAGGAUCAGAAACGAAUGACUCUGGGUCACAGCAAGCUGGACCUGGUGAACCAGUACAACAAGAUGAAAUCCAAGCAGGUGUACAGCCGCUUCGAGCUCAAGUCCUCAAAUUAAACUCGGACUUGCCGGACUUCCAGACUCUCUGUUCUUCCGGUCUCUCUCUCCGUGGAGGUUUUUAUAAAGUCGUCAGUACUUCGUCUUCUUCCACAGUUCAGUGAUGCCUGCUGGAAAUGAAGCCAUGGCAGCCAUGUUGGCUCCUUCAACACAGUCGCAGCGUUCGUCUCUGUGAGUCUUGAAACCAUAUUGCCUCUUUUAUAGAGCGGACUGACACGGGAGUUUUGGGGCUGAUGUGGAUGGAAGUAAACAGAAUUCUGUUUUUUUAUAUCAACAGAUAUUUUUAUUCACGUAGAAGCUAUAAAUACAUACACUUUUUUAUAAUGGUCCUUCAAAUGUAGUUUGUAAAACACUCGAGACAUGUCUGCAGGAUAUUUUACAGUUGAACAAUUAAUUUUAUUGUCCGAAAUGACGACAGAGCACUGACGGUAAACUUUAACAGGAAUUUGUUAAUUAGUAAUCACCCCAAUGUCAGAAAACAUUUAUGCUGUUACCGAUUUACCUGUGAGGAUCCAUCUGUCCAUCUGGGCUUUACACUGUCAUAAUGUGAGGAGGUUUCAUGAGUGCAGUAGUGUUGUGACUGUAAGAUAUUAAACAGACACUUCACCUCUAUAUGUCAUCUCUGGAGACAAUCCGUGUGCCAUCAGAGCUUAUUGAAUUUCCUGGUUUUGCACAUAUUUACAUGAGCGGGGCCUGUACCUGUGGCCGCAGCGCUGAGAUGUGACGUCACGCUUCAUCACCAACAAAUGUCCAGAUGUUUGUCUGGUUUGUCUCAGUAACGCGCUUCAGCGAGGACACACGUCUGUAAAACAGGACUUUUACCCUUUGCGUUAUUACGUUUUACAUAUUUUAAAAACUUUUCCAUGAGCCUUGAAAAAGCUGCUGGAUCCAAAACAUUUUUAAAUAGUUAUGAUAAUGAUGAUAGUUUAGAAACAUUUAACACAGCUUCAGUCAGACUUGGACGUCAAACUCGGCUUUGAUUCUCAGAUUUUUACUUUCUUAUGUUGUUUCGUACAAAAAAAGCGAAAUAAAUGUUCUUUUCUUCAGAAUGAAACCAAUUUAAAGCUGCCGGAAUGUAAAGAAAACCUCUUCAUCGUUUUCUUUCUUUCUCUCUCUCGUUCAGAUCAUUCCUGUAACACUCCUGUAUCAUAGUGUACAUAACUUGUGCCUUGAUCAUCCUGCCUUAAGGUUUACAAUCACAUUGUAAUAAUUAAUAUGUCCAGUGACUUCAGAUGAGUGUUCAUUGAGGUACACACGCCUGUUUGAAGCCGCUGUCGCUGCAGGGAACAAAGUCUGUUGUAAAUAAAAGCAGAGGCGGUGCGACUGUAUUUCCUGGUGCUGUGUCAUGUUACAAUUCUGGGAAAUGAGGUGUAAAUAUAGAAAACUGAAAGGUUUCGGGGCAUUUUGAGGCGAUCAGGUGGAAAAUAUUGUUUGUACAAAGAGUGACGGCUGUGAGAGGAGGCCGGCUGUCGUUUCUUUCUUACAGUAAGUUCUUCUUCAUUACAGAGGAUCGUUUCCUCACACUGAACAUUUUAUACAUUAAACAGCUCUUUACACAAAUGUCUGUAUAUAGACUGCUUAUUAAAACACGUUGGAUACAAGAGCGAAAAAGUGAAACACCCGACACACCUGAUGUCUCCUAAUCGGAUGUGGGCCCGGUGAGUGCAGCGGGUGUUCUGGAGUCCCACCUGAGCUCAGCCCUCUCACCUGUAAACUUUUCACGACUGCAUCUUCCACACUCGUGACGCUGUCGUGUGACACAAACAAGGUGAAAUCGUUCGCCGCCCCGCGUGACGCUGGCGUAGAUUUCCAUCGCAGCACUACAGGGCUAAAUAAUCAGUGCUGACGUGGGAGCUGAUUGUUGCUGUUGUCACCUGAGCAAUAAUGAUCGACAGUGAUCAGUUCUCGUCGUGUGUGUGUUUUUACUCUGUGUGAGUUGUUGUUUACUGCUCAUUUCAGUUUGUGUUGUUGUUGCCGGUUCGUCCUCGUCUGUCCGACUGCAUCAUGUUUCAUACGUUGUAAAUAAAAGACGAACUGACGGUCGGGACUUUGGGUUAUUGUUGAAGAAACUCUUCUGUAACUGAGUUAUUUUAUUUUUACAUUGUGUCAUUUACUGAAGAAUGUGAAUGUUCUGUUUAAGUUGAUCUUAAUUUGUAAGAUGAACAAUUUAGGAUUUUAAUAAAAAAGCUGAAGUCCAGAUUUGUUUUAAG